AACAGCCUCCACACAUGCACAAAUGCUUGCGCUCUGACAUCAACUCAGAUAAGACAACAUUUGAAGGGGGGCUGGCCUGGAGGCAGUUAAGGGGUCUCUCCUGCAAACAAACGGAGGUGAUAACCAAGUGGACACGUCUUUUUCUUCAAACCAGGAGACUCUCUUUGGCUCUAGUUUUUUGGGGAUUGUGAGUCAUUGCUUCCAAACAGCAGAGACAAGAACGUCUUGUCUAGUUUGAGAGAAGGAUGGUGCUGGACAAGGAGGAGAGUGUGUCCCUGGUGUCCCUCCAGUCCAGAGAGAAGGUGCAAGGCUGCGCAGGUUGCAACGGAAGGAUCAGGGACCGCUUCAUGCUGCAGGCCUUGGACCGCUUCUGGCAUGAGGACUGUCUCAAGUGUGCCUGCUGCGACUGCCGCCUGGGCCGGGUGGGCUCCAGCCUCUACACCCGCGCCAACCUUAUCCUCUGCCGCCGAGACUACCUCAGGCUCUUUGGAGUGACAGGGAACUGCGCAGCCUGCAGGAAGCUGAUUCCCGCCUUUGAGAUGGUAAUGAGGGCGCGAGACAACGUCUACCACUUAGACUGCUUCGCCUGUCAGCUGUGUCGCCAGAGAUUUUGUGUGGGAGACCGCUUCUUCCUGAAGAACAACAUGAUCCUGUGCCAGCUGGACUACGAAGGUGGCCAUCUUAACGGCAGCACACACUGAGAGGUGAAGAAGCAGACCGAAAGAAUAAACACUUGGACUUUGUCUCUUUGGGAGUUUGCCGCAGCUUCUUCUUGGCCUUUCUUUGUGGAGCUGAAAGCUGCUAUUUGUAAACCAAUGGACUUCGAAACACCAGGAAAUUCCGGGAAAUAUCCAGGCAAUUCAUGGAUGGAUCUUGGGACUGAUAAAUCUUUUAAAAAAAUCUUCUCUAACUAUGUUUCUUGUUCAGCUCUACCCAUCUGUCAGGGAAGGGGGCGAGAAAACAAAGUGAAGUCGAGGACAAUCUACUCUUUCUUCUUCAUUGCCACCAAAGAAAUGCGAUAACGUGAAAGAAACUGUCGUUGGCUUUAUUUUAUAAAGAUUGAAACUUUGUACAGGCGGUCCUCAGUUUACCACGUUCCGUGUUACUACGUUUUGUGGUGUUUGUGCUAUUUCUUCUCCUUAGCUUGGGACCGCAUUGCCAUCGGAGAAGAGGUCAAUGAUGACACAAUUCAAUGAAAAAAAAAUGUAUUAUGUAAUAAUGUACAAUGUAUUAAAAAAUAAGAGUAAUAUAUUUGGUUACAGUGCUGGACUCUAUCACCAAGGAGGACUAAUGAGAAUUAAAGUACACAGAGCAGCUGUCACGCCCCUCUAGAGAGUGAACAUGUGUGUAGAAGUGAGAGUUAAGUUUGAAGACUAUAUCUGUUUUGUGUCUCUGAAUAUUUUUACAUCAGUCGUAUGUAAGUGUUGCGCAACUCUGAUGGUGACACUGUAUGUGUGUGUAUGUGUCAAAAAGUCAUUAUAUGACAACCAAAAGGUGUAAUAAUGAUGUCUAACAGCGGUUAGCAUGUUGGCCACACAGUCAAUCUCUGUGUGUAGUUUGCAUGUUCUCCACGGUUUCCUCCCACAUGCCAAAAACAUGCUAGGUUAAUUGGUGACUCCAAAUUGUCCAUAGGUAUGAAUGUGAGUGUGAAUGGUUGUUUGUCUAUAUGUACCCUGUGAUUGGCUGGCGACCAGUCCAGGGUGUACCCCGCCUCUCGCCCCAAGACAGCUGGGAUAGGCUCCAGCAUGCUCCUGUGACACUAAAGAGGAUAAGACUUAAUUUUGGUUUGUAAACAAAAGACAACAGUUUAAGAUGGUAGAAAGGCCUGCAAGACAACCACGGGCAUAAAAGUCAUUUUUUUUUUAUUAUGGUUUCAUUUAAUUCUUGUGUUUAAUCUUUUCAUUACUGUUACUUUUAUAUGCCUUCCGUGUGUUCUUUGUACAGUGUGUGUGACUUGAUUAGGAUCAAUGUAUUAGUUCCAGUUUACACUAAAACUCGACUUACAUCACAGUCGGAUGUACUGUCCUGUAUACAGGACCACCGGUAUGUACAAACUUUGGAGUUUGAGGAUUAAAUCAUCUCGGUGUUUUAUGUGACACAACAAAAUAUGUAAACUUCCCCAUUUGUGGAGAAAAUUAUGACAUAAAUAAACAGAAGCUAAAACUAGCUAAAACUAUUCAUUUGAGUUGCGAUAAUAGGAAUUUAAAGGUUGGACUGACACUGGGAAGAAUAAUUCUAUUUGGAUCAACGCCUUCAUAA